AUGUCAGCUUGGAGACGAUUUCAAGAGAAAGAGCCAUCGAAUGCACAGCUUGCAUGGAAUAGCUUACCGAAUGAUAAUACUCCAGAUGAUAAGAAAUUUUUAGGUUUAACUCAACAUAAAAUAAAAAAUCCUCAGACUCGAGAACAAUUUAAUCAGUGGCGUACUAAAUGGAUUGAAUUAUAUAAAAACGAUCCCAUGAUGCGCAGUUCCAUUAUUAAUAGACAAUAUGAAGAAUAUUAUAUUCCAUAUAAUUGGAUAGAUUCUAAAAAGAGUCAAUUGUGGACUAGAUUCCAAAAGCGACUUUUAGAAAUAGAAGCGUAA